AUGGAUCAGUCUAUGAUUACAUUGCCUCCUACUAAGUUUGGGGAAGAAGAUUGCAAGAUAUGGGGAUCAAUCAACAAUCAUUCAAAAAAUUUAUACUUGAAGACUGUUAAAGAAAUCCUCUCUCACUCGUUAUUCAGUAAGCUGGAAAAUACUUUUCUUGGCCCGAUCAUCAAAGAGGGUUUAAGAAAAGCAGGUGGUAAUCAAAAAGGUGAUGGCUUGGGUUUUUCUGGGCAGCUGGUUUACUUUCUGGUAGUAAGACAGAUUGUGUCGUCAAGGGAAGACGAGAUUUGGUUUUGCAUCAACAACAAGCCGAUGAGAUUCUCAUUGAUUGAGUUUCAUCUUGUCACUGGAUUACCAUGCUGGAUAAAAGAAGAUGAAGUCCCAGUAGAUUUUGAGUGUGAUUGGCCUUUAUUUUUGCCUGACAAACGCUACAAUGUGGAUGAUUUGAUAGCACAAUUGAAGGUCUUGGGUGAGGAUGAUGAGGAAAGCAAGCUACGGCUUGCUAUGUUGAUUGUUUUUUUGACCAUCUUCAUGUUGCCAUAUGGCAUUACAAAGUACAAGAUUCCAAAGGAGUAUUUGGCCAUUGCGAAAAAGAAUAUCCAUGUG